CGAACGCGCGCGCAUAAUCUGAAGACGUUUAAAACUCUUUGGUUAUUCUCAUUUAAAAAAAAAGAACGCGUACAGUAUUUUUAAUUUAAAUAAGAAAAAAAACGACAUUGCUAUUUUGAUUUUUGUGCUUUUCUGUGCGCCAAAACUAAAACUUUUUGGUAGUUCUCGUGAAAAACGAACGCGUUCUAUGUUUUAUUUAAAUACGAAAAAACGGACAUGCCUGUUUUGAUUUUGUUAUUUUUCUGUGCGCUUAAACUGAGCAUCUGGUAUGAUGUAAAUGAAAUUGAAGCUUUUUAAUUUUAUUAAGUUUUUGAUUGAAUUUUUGAAGCGUUUAAAAUUUAAAGAACUUUUUAAUUAGAAUUUUUAUGAUGGAGACGGAAGAUCUGAUUGAAAUCAAACAACAAGACAACAUGGAGAUUCAUAAGCUAGUUGGACUCAUACCAAUGUUUAUAUUAAUUAUUAUGAUUGUAUUAAGGCUGUCGUGGGUGCUCUACAGAAGUGCAAUGGGGCAGAAGACGCGCAGUUCGCAACAGAGGCGAGUGUGUGUGGGCCCCCGGACACGGCAGCUCUCAGUGCAGGAACCUUCCAUCUACGUGAGUCCCGCCAACCUGCCGCCGCCCCCCAAAUAUGAAGCCAUGGCUCCCCCAAGUUACGAGGAAGUGGUAGGCGUUCAUUACCCAGGAGGAUACCAGUCACAGCCAAUAACACAACCGAUCACACAAGCGCUUUCCACGGCGCAAAGCUCAACUAGUGCUGAACAAAACACCACAUUAACUUCUACCUGCGAAACUACAUCCGUACCUGCGCCUGCGCCUCCGCCAGCCAUCAUCACAGUCACUACCGAACAGAGGCGGACCUCAGUCACAGCCAGAUCAUGAUUCCCAUCUUAGCAUUAAGUUAAAAGUGACGUUAUAAUAUGCCUGCAUAAAGUUUAGCGGCAAUGUUGUGUAACCGCCAAUUGUAUAGCGCCUGCAAGAAAAAAAGAAGCAAAAAUGCUGACAGCGACAGUUGAGAGAGAUCGUUAGAAAUAUGAUGUAAAAUAUGGCGAAAGUUGCGAUUAGCAAAAGUUUGGAUGAAACGAAGAAUAACUUAAUAAUGUACCUAGUUAAUUUUUUAAUUGAUAAAUUGUGUAGGUACAAAUUGAGUUUAUCAGAGUUUUUGCUCUUUAUUUUUGACAGGCACUUUACAAUAUUAGUGGUAAUGUUACAAUCAAGUUUGACAUUUUGUAAAAUGUCAAACCGUUACAACUUUUAAAAUCAACGAACUUGUUAUAGAAUUACAGGUUCCAAUAAUUGUCUAUAACAAAUGAGAAUAUUGUAAUAGGUAUAUUGAAUUGAAGCAUUAUUUUGUUGAAAUUUGUAAAUACAAGAAGGUAGUCAGAUAUUACGAGUGUAAUAUUUUAUUUAUAGAUUAAAAUAAAAAACGUUGCUUUUUCCUUAGCCAGCGGAGAUGUACCUAGGUAUUGUAAUUUAGUCUUCCAAACUUAAAUCAAAGCAGCCUAGUCGACAGAUAAUUCUGUUUAUUUUUAUGUGAUAAAGUUACCUAGGUAUCUAUUCAUUUUAAGUAAAUAGCAGGAACAUACAUUUUAUGAACUUUAAUUACAGCUGCAGUAUUAAUUUCAUCAGUCAUAGGGGUUUUCAAUCUAUCAAUAUCUAAUUAGGGGUCGUCUGUUGAUCACGUGUUAUUUUUAGCAAAUUUGAACCCCCCCCCCCCGUACCGUACCAGUGAUAUGUGGUACGGUUAGACCCCCCCUGUACCUAAAUAUUUCUUUUUUUAAAUAUAUUGAAAUUUUCAAUAUAUGAUAAAAUUAGUUUUUACGGGUUAAUGCACGAAACUUUAUUUAUUUAUUGACGUUUCGUGCAUUAAUCCGUAAAAACUAGUUUUAUUUAAUGAGUGAUGUGCGUGAAAACCUAAGAAACAAAUAUAUGAUAAAAUGUUUUUUUUUUACAAAAUAUUUUUAAGUUUUCAUAAUAUUUAAUAUGUCUCUUCUCAUUCAACGAAAACUAAAUACAACAUACUCACUACCCCCCCCCCCCCCCCCCCCCGUGAUAUUUCGUGAUUUUUUCCGUAUGUGAUUAAUGGACGAUCCCAUACUGAAUCGUUUUUUGUCCACCGUAUUUUUAAUGCAGUGAAAUUCAAAUUAGUCUUAUAAGUAGUAUUAGAAAAAGGCAAGUGCGGUUAUUAACUAACAGUGUUAUUAAAAAUAUUUUACGAAGGGCCCGAUUUAAUCAAAACUGACCAAUAAAAAAAAAUUUUUUCAUUCGUCAGGUUUGCGGCCAUUAUUUCUUUUUGUAAUUUUGUUGGGUGUCAGAAUCAGAUACUCGCAGAGUAUCCAAAAGAUUGCUUGCUUACGCGAGCAACAGCCUAAAUCAUCUAGUUAGGCAUUAUGAAAAAUGUAUCAAAAAUGCAUUUAAGAGGAGGGAAAUUAUAGAUUUUUACCCUUAUAUAAUUCGAGGACGCGUAUCGGAUUAUACAUGGGUAAAAAUGAGAUUUUUCUUUUAAUAUAGAUCGGAUGGAUGACCGUACUUUAAUGAGUACAGUUGUUCGAAUCACGUUGUGGUGAUAUUUUGUGUAUAUUUUGUAUAAUGUAUAUAAAUGAAAUUAUAUUUUAUUAUUUGUUAAGCCAAU